GCUCCAGUUCAGGCUCAGAGGUAGGGGAGGCAGGAGCUAUGGCAGUUCUGAGUGGGGAGUGGCUCCAGGGUGUGGGAGAAAACCCCUUCCGGAGCCAGGGAUCCCCCUUUCCCAGACCAGGGCCCUGCCAAGAGGGGGAUGAAGGGAGAGCUCUGGACCCACGGAAAGAGGCUUUGGCCCUGGGUGGCCAGAGCAAAGGUGGGACAGUGAAGAUCAAGAUUGAGAAAGAUGAAUAAAGAGGAACAUGAUGGAUAGACUAAGAAACACAGUGUGCUUCUCUAGUGUGCCUGGGAUGCUGAACUGGGGGAAGGGUCAGUACCACCCUGCCUGGGGGUUGUUAUGCAUCAGUUUGUGGGCCCAAAUCCUCCACGUCCACACCCAUGCCCAAACCCAUCAUGUUCUCACAAGCAACGCCUCCAAAAAGGCAAAGGAGGAUCUGGAAAUCUUGAUCCUCACUGUGAUUCUUCUGAGAGAAGAAAGGAAGAAACAGGUUCAGAAAGGUGGUGUUAGUCCAUUGUCACACAGCCAGCGCAUGGCAACAGCACAAAUGGGACGCCUGUCUGCCUGGCUCUGGUGCCUGGGUUCCUUCCUCCCAUACUACACUUGAGCAUAGGCCAGGAAGUGGUGAAAAUCCUACUUUCUGGUGCCCCUUGUCACUGCCUUUAGAGCUCCUGUCCCACAAAGGGUCACGGAGGCCCAGGGAGUAUGUGUGAAGGGACCUGGGGUGCCCAGUAAGAGGGGACCCAGUGGGCCCCAGGAUCCCAGGGCCUUUGUCGAAGGGUCAUGUGGGAAGCAGAACUGCCCCAGGAUUGCCCAGGCCCUGGAGUGCACUCGUCAGAGCCCUCCUCCUUAGGGACUCCCAGGGUGAGUAAGAGCUCCCUUACUCAGCCACGAUGCUGCCACCCUCUCCAGGGGCCCCUCCCAGCCAGAUGUCAGUGGAGGAGGAGGAAGAGGAGGAGGAGGACAGGGAAAGAAAGGGGAGGCGAGGCUAUCACCCCAGUCCAAGGCUGCUGGCUCCCAGGCCUGGUGUUAGUGGGAGGGACAGGGCGGGGCAGGAACAGCCGGCUCUGUGCCCAGAGCCAAAACGAAAGCACUCGGCUGUGCUGGGACUGGAGUCAGGAUUCCCGGGAGAGGGAGUGCGCAAGCUGGUCGGCCCUGGGACCCUGAGGCUGGGGAGGGAUUCCGGCCCCUCCUGCCUACAGGCUCUGGGCUGAGUGGGAGCAGAGGUGUGGUGUCUGCCCCCCUUCGGGGGGGCAGGACAGGGCCUCAGGCCUGGGUGCCACCUGGCACCUAGAAGAUGCCCGUGCCUUGGUUCCUGCUGUCCUUGGCACUGGGCCGAAGCCCCGUGGUCCUCUCUCUGGAGAGGCUUGUGGGGUCUCAGGAUGCUGCCCGCUGCUCUCCGGGCCUCUCCUGCCACCUCUGGGAUGGUGACGUGGUCUGCCUGCCUGGGAGUGUAGUGUCCACCCCAGGCCCAGUGCUGGUGCCCACACACCUGCAGACUGAACUGGUGCUAAGGUGCUACCAGGAGACCGACUGCGACCUCUGUGUGCGCGUGGCUGUCCACUUGGCUGUGCACGGGCCCUGGGAAGAGCCUGAAGAUGAGGAAAAAUUUGGAAAAGUAGCUGACCCAGAACUUGAGGAGCCUAGGAAUGCCUCUCUCCAGGCCCAAGUGGUGCUCUCCUUCCAGGCCUACCCUACUGCCCGCUGCGUCCUGCUGGAGGUGCGAGUGCCUGCUGCCCUCGUGCAGCCUGGUCAGUCUGUGGGCUCUGUAGUCUUUGACUGCUUCGAGGCUGCUCUGGGGACUGAGGUGCAAAUCUGGUCCUACACUCAGCCCAGGUACCAGAAGGAAGUCAACCUCACGCUGCAACUGCCUGACUGCAGGGGGCUGGAAGUCCGGGACAGCAUCCAGAGCUGCUGGGCCCUGCCCUGGCUCAGCGUGACUGCAGACGGCGACGAUGUGCUCCUGGUACUGGAUGUCUCUGAGGAGCAGAGCUUUGGCCUCUCCUUGUACUGGAACCAGGUCCAGGGCCCUAUAAAACCCUGGUGGCACAGAAACCUGACUGGGCCGCAGACCAUUACCUUGAACCACACAGACAUAGUUCCCUGCCUCUGUGUUCAGGCGUGGACUCUGGAGCCCGACUCCGUCAGGACGAACAUCUGCCCCUUUAGGAAGGACCCCCGCGCACACCGGAACCUCUGGCAAGCCGCCCGCCUGCAGCUGCUGCCCCCGCGGGGCUGGCGGCUAGACGCACCGUGCUCACUCCCGGCCCAGGCCACACUGUGCUGGCAGGCACUGGGUGGGGGCCCCUGCCAGCCUCUUGUCCCGCUGCUGCCCAGAGAGAAUGUCACUGUGAACAUGGCCCUUGAGUUCCCUUUGCUGAAAGGCCACCCCAACCUCUGUGUCCAGCAGGUGAGCAGCUGGAAGAAGCUGCAGCUGCAAGAGUGUUUGUGGGCUGACUCCCUGGGGCCCCUUAAGGAUGAUAUGCUGCUGGUGGAGACACGAGGUCCCCAGGACAACAGAUCACUCUGUGCUUUGGAACCCAGUGGCUGCACCCCACUGCUCAACAGGGCCUCCACGAGGGCAGCUCGCCUCGGAGAGCAGUUACUACAAGACCUGCGGUCAGGCCAGUGUCUGCAGCUGUGGGAUGAUGACCUGGGAGCACUGUGGGCCUGCUCAAUGGACAAGUACAUCCAUCAGCGCUGGGUCCUGGUGUGGCUGGCCUGCCUACUCUUUGCCGCUGCGCUUUUCCUUCUCCUCCUUCUCAAAAAGGACCACGUGAAAGGGUGGCUGAGGCUCUUGAAGGAGGACGUCCGCGCGGGGGGGACCGCCAGGGGCCGCGCGGCUCUGCUCCUCUACUCCGCCGACGACGCCGGCUUCGAGCGCUUGGUGGGCGCUCUGGCGUCGGCGCUGUGCCAGCUGCCGCUACGCGUGGCCGUGGACCUGUGGAGCCGCCGUGAGCUGAGCGCGCAGGGGCCCCUGGCCUGGUUCCACGCGCAGCGGCGCCAGACCGUGCAGGAGGGGGGCACGGUGGUCCUGAUCUUCUCGCCCGGGGCCGUGGCGCUGUGCCACGAGUGGCUGCAGGACGGGGCGCCGGCGCCCAGGGCGCACGGCCCGCACGACGCCUUCGCCGCUUCGCUCAGCUGCGUGCUGCCCGACUUCCUGCAGGGCCGGGCGCCCGGCCGCUACGUCGGGGCCUACUUCGACAGACUGCUGCACCGGGACGCCGUGCCCGCCCUCUUCCGCACCGUGCCGGUCUUCUCCCUGCCCUCGCAGCUGCCCGACUUCCUGGGGACCCUGCAGGGGCCCGGCGCCCCCCGCCCCGGGCGGCUCGGGGAGAGGGCAGAGCAAGUGUCCCGGGCCCUGCAGCCCGCCCUGGACAGUUGCCUUCGUUCCCCGGGAACCCCAGGGACUGCACGCGGGAUGGGACCGGAGGCAGGGGACAGGACUUGAAUAAACGCAGACGCUAUUUUUCUAUC